AUGAAGAAGUUUUUGCAAAACAAAAAAGGCAGAUACUCUUUUCGGCAGAACAAACGAGGCUCUCGGUAUCCAUCUAAAGAUUUCUUACUCAGCAUGCCGACGUCCAAUCAGGGCUGGCCUGAGGAUUUCGGCUUCCAGCUCGGUGGGAAUGGACCCAGCUACAUCCUGUCCGUGGAGGAAGGCAGCAGUGCCCACCUGGCCGGGUUGCAAGCGGGGGACCAGGUCCUGGAGAUCGAGGGCCACAAUGUAUCGACAUUGGGUCCGCAGGCCGUCGUGGCCAUCGCCCAGACUCAGAAGAACAUCCCUCCCAGUAUCGGAGUGGUGUCCCGUAUACAGCAGAUGGACAUCAUACCAGGUCCUGAUGGUCGCUUUGGGUUCACCAUCGUUGGAGACUGCCCCCUGCUCGUGGAGGACUGCUCACCUUGCUCGCCGGCCGGCCGCGCAGGUCUGAGGGCCGGGGAUUAUGUCAUGGAGGUCAACGGGAUCCCCGUCAGGCAGCAUGAGACGGCCGCAGCGCUGAUCAAGGCCUCCCAGGGAAGGACGCUCCGUCUGGGGGUGCUGUGCCUCGGCAUGAGGCAGAAACACAGCAUCAGCAUAGAGGACAGUCAGAUGGGAGGAGACGGGGCGAGGCUGGACCGUAAACAUAAAGCCCUGGAGUUCAACAGGAAGGUGGACCAGAUUCUCGGUGAUGAACCUGAAGUGAAAGAGAAACUCUUCAGUGUGCUGAAGCAGUACGCAGCAGAGAAGAGAGUGGAGUGGUUGGCCUCUGCUCUGCCAGAGAUACUCACCACUGACGAACAUCGACAGCUCAUCUCCAGCAUCAGAAUCUUCAUUCCGAAGAAACACCGGCAACGCUUUGACGAGGCCGUCUCCCAGAACGUGAUCAACCGGCUCUGCCGCAGCAAGAGCAUCAGCGAGCCGCACGGCAGAGUCCGACGCAGCCGGAGCGAGGAUCACUCCGAGCGCCACCACGGGUCCAAACGGGCCAGCUCAGUGCCCAGGGAUGGAGGGGAACCCGGAGGAAGAGGUGACACAGAGAGAGACAGAGGUAUGAGGAAGUCUUCCUCUGGGAUUCCAGCACAUCCUCCAAUCGGACCCAAUCAGAGGAUCGUUCGUGUCUACAGGGGGAAAAAGAACUUUGGCUUCACGCUGCGAGGUCACGCUCCCGUCUGCCUCGACUCUGUCAUCCCAGACAGUCCUGCUGAGGAAUGUGGACUGAAAACAGGCGACCGCAUUCUCUUCCUCAAUGGACUGGACAUGAGGAACUGUUCCCAUGAGAAGGUGGUGUCCAUGCUGCAGGGCAGUGGGGCGAUGCCCACUCUGGUGGUGGAGGAGGGACCGUCGGACUUCUCUUCAGACCAAAUCGACCCAGAGGACUCUCCUAGCCUGGCCCCAACCACAUUGCCACGCUCUAGGUCUCCAGCCCUCAGCUCCUUGCAAUGGGUGGCAGAGAUCCUUCCACCGAGCAUCAAAGUCCACGGGCGAACCUUCAGCCAGCAGCUGGAGCACCUGCUGACCAUCCAGGAGAGAUACACCGUCUGCAAGGCCCUGGAGACUUUCUUCCAGCACAGGAACGUGGAUACACUCAUAGUAGACGUGUUCCCGGUGCUGGACACUCCAGCCAAACAGCUGAUCUGGCAGUUCAUCUACCAGCUUCUGACCUAUGACGAGCAGGAGCGCUGUCAGAGCAAACUGUCACGCUUCCUGGGUUUCAAGAGCAUGUUAGAGCCCGACUCUGGUCCGGAGCACCACCGGCGGAGCAGCUCCAUGCGGGUGACAGGGACGUCGUAUCGCGGCAUCGUCCGAGAGAGGAGCUCCGACGACUGCAUCAUCGGGACUCACCUGGGAAUGGGAAUUCAUGUCGAUGAAUCCGGGAGCCCGGAGGAGAGGCAGUCAGGAGAUGGAACCUCCUUCCCAGAGUCCCCUGACCUCAAUCAUAUGACAGGUGUGUACACGGAGCUGGAGAACGUGUACGCAGGGAAGAGUGUGUCUCCGCUGCAUGGGGGCUCCUCAGCAGAGCCUGAGAGGCCGGGACAGACUGAGGCCUACGGGCGCUCUCUCUCCCCCCUCACACUCCCCCCUCUCACAGGUAACCGUAAGUCCGGCCUGUCGCUGUCGUGGAAGGAGCCUCUCCCCACUCCUGUGUAUGAGAUUCAACACCAGAGCAGCGUGGACUCCAACCCCUACGUCAGCCUGGAGAGCCCCCCCGCCUCCCCGCACCCCUCGGACAGCGGCCCCAACACACUGACCCGCCGCAAGAAGCUGUUCACCUUCUCCCGCCCGCCCCGCAGCCGGGACACUGACAAGUUCUUGGACGCCCUGAGCGAGCAGCUCGGGCACCGGAUCACUUUGGUGGACGACUUCGUACCCGGCGAGAACGACUACGAGGAGAUGAGUUUCCAGGACGACCAGGACCUGGGCUUCAUGCCGCAGCAGCCCAGCAGCGGCAGCAGUGAGGACCACAGCAGCAGCGAUGAGGCCUCCUCUCCCUCCUACUCCUCCGAAUCCGAACUGAUCCCACCUCCUCCCACCCAGAGCCCUCCACCUCCACCGCCCUUCCAGGCCCUGAUACCCCCUCCCGUCCAGUUUACUGACCCCCUCCCACCCAUCCGCUUCUCUCCCGAGCACACCCCCCGCAGCCGCAUGCCCUUCCAGCCGCACCACCCCAUCAUCCCCCCGCCUCCCCCGCCUCCGAGGACCCUCCUGUCCAGCCGCUCCCCUCGACACAAAGUGCUGCCCACCAGAGAAGACUUGGAGAAAAGUCACCAGCGCUUCCAGGCCACCUCUAGCCGUCUCACGCACAGCCACACCACCGUGGGCUCCACCACCCUGCGCUCCUCGCAGCCGUCCCGCCCCUGCUACCUCCCGCGCCAGCUCAGCCAGCCCCAGCCCCUUCGCCAGACGUCCCCCCAGCCCUCCCCUCAGCUGCUGAGGCCGAGCCAGCUCGUCCUGCAGAGGCACCACCAGCUCCACCACCAACACAGUUACCAGGGCCCACUGCCACCAUCUCUCCAGGAAGACAGCCCCUCACAGUGUAUGAGCCAAGGCCCAGCAGCCUCAGCGCUUCUCUCCCAGCCUCCAGCGUCUCACUCCAGCCUCCCCACUCACAAAAAGAUUUAUGAAAGUCGACAGGAACACCAGUCACAGCAGGUAACUGGUCUUUACAGUGGGCUGUCAGCUCCACCGCCGCCGCCUCCGCCCCUGCCCCCACCCUGUGACCCGCCCCCGCUGCCCAAGUCAAGCCGACAUGCCUCGGAUGCAAACCACAUGAGCGUGAAGAGGCUGCGCUGGGAGCAGGUGGAGAACUCGGAGGGAACCAUUUGGGGUCAGCUCGGCGAGGACUCAGACUAUGACAAGCUCACUGACAUGGUGAAGUACUUGGACCUUGAUCUGCACUUUGGGACUCAGCGCAGAUCCAUCUCUCCUCCAGAGCCAGCCUUCCUUCCUGAGAACUUUAAAAAGAAAGACGUGGUGGAGAUUCUGUCUCAUAAGAAAGCCUACAACGCCUCCAUCCUCAUCGCCCAUUUGAAGCUCUCCCCCGCCGAGCUGCGUCAGGUGUUGAUGAACAUGACCACCAACAGGCUGGAGCCGGCCCACAUCAAGCAGCUGCUGCUCUACGCCCCCGACGACGAAGAGGUGAAGCAGUACGAGCAGUUCGAGCAGGACCCGGCCAAACUGAGCGAGCCCGACCAGUUCAUAUUCCAGAUGCUGAUGGUGCCCGAGUACAAGACUCGCCUGCGGAGCCUCCACUUCAAGACGACGCUGCAGGAGAGGACGGAGGAGAUGAAGGUCGCGUACGAUUACAUUUACAAGGCUUCGGUGGAGCUGAGGAGCAGCAAGAAACUGGCCAAAAUCCUGGAGUUUGUUCUCGCCAUGGGGAACUACCUGAACAACGGGCAGCCGAAGAGCAACAGAACGACUAGUUUUAAGAUCAACUUCCUGACCGAGCUAAGCACGACCAAAACAGUGGAUGGAAAAUCCACCUUUCUCCACAUUCUGGCCAAGUCCCUGUGCCAACACUUCCCCGAGCUGCUCAACUUUUCCAGAGACCUCACAACCGUGCCUCUGGCAGCCAAGGUGAACCAGAGGACCGUCACCACGGAGCUGAGUGACCUUCACACCACCAUCCAGGACAUCAGGACGGCCUGUCUGAAGAUCCCGCCCACCUCUGAGGACCACUUUGCCUCUGUCAUGAGCAGUUUCCUGGAGAACAGCCACCCUGCAAUCCAGUCUCUGGAGUCUCUGCAGACACGAGCGAUGGAGGAGUUCUCCAGGGUGGCCUCCUACUUCGGGGAGGACAGCAAGUCCAGCAGCACGGAGGCCUUCUUCGCCAUCUUUGCAGAGUUCAUCUCCAAGUUUGAGAGGGCGCUCAGUGAGACCCAGUCUCCAGAAAACCCCAGAAGCCCCAGACUGUCUUCCCCUCUGGCCUGGUAGAAGCUCGAAGGACGCUCGGCUCCAUUUUCACUCUGCUCUCCACAACCAAAGUGCCAAGAUCACACACACACACAGAGACACUCAAACCAACGGGAACAGAGACCACAUCAUCUACGGCCAAUCUUUCGAAUAAUAGAGAUCGAGUGCCCCGUGUGCAGCCGUGCUGUUAUUUCAGGUGCUGGGUAGAGCAGGAACAUUCAGGAACUCAGCGCUCCCAUCUUUACAUUCUAAUACUCAUCAGAUGUUAGAGAACAGAGAAACGUCCGUGUACAUUUCAUCCCUUCACUUCAUCUUGAAGCUGCUUUAAAAUCAAAUGUAAGUAAUGAAAACGUUUAAUCGCUGUGUUUAUUCUAUGAUGAUAUAAAGUUUAUAUUUUCUAUCAGGUCCUGUUUGAAAAUUGUAAAAACAGAUGAAGCGUUCAGGCGACUGAAACAGUUCUCCGGACUCAAGAUGAUUCAGAAGUGUGUUAUUAUAUUAUUAUGUAGAGAGUCUCACAGGCAAACAGACAGCGGUGCGUUCACUGCCUCCCAUACUGCAGGAU